AUGGUUGAUUUUAUUUACUCCAACAUCAUUUGUCGAUUUGGCAUUCCAAAGAUAAUAGUCAUAGAUAAUGCUGCGAAUCUCAAUAGCCAUUUGAUGCAAAAAGUGUGCCAACAAUUUAAGAUUAUGCAUCAAAAUUCAACGCCUUAUCGUCCGAAAGCGAAUGGAGCUGUAGAAGCUGCCAACAAGAACUUAAAAAAAAUACUUCGCAAGAUGGUGCAAGGUUUCCGACGAUGUCAUAAAAAGUUACCUUUUUCUUUAUUGGGUUAUCAUACUACAGUUCGGACUUCAAUUGAUGCAACUCCUUACUUGUUGGUGUACGGAACUGAAGCAGUUAUACCUGCAGAGAUUGAAAUUUCAUCUCUUCGAGUAGUUGUGGAAACUGAAAUUGAUGAUGACCAAAGGGUCAAGACUCGUUUAGAGCAGUUAAGCUUGAUUGAUGAAAAAAUAUUAACAUCAGUAUGUCAUGGACAACUACACCAGAAGAGAAUGGCACGAGCAUAUAACAAAAAAGUGUGUCACAGAUAUUUUGAAGUUGGUCAGUUAGUACUAAGACGCAUUUUACCCCAUCAAAUUGAAGCCAGAGGCAAAUUUUCUCCUAAUUGGCAUGGACCAUUCAUAGUGAAGAAAGUGAUGCCUAAUGGCGUGUUAUAUUUGACUAAUGUAUAA